AUGAUCCGAGUAUUUCGCUAUCAGAAAACUCACGAAAAUUUUACGGUUUAUAAACAUUUAUGUAUGGGAACAAACGAAUUGGAAGAACUGAAAAAAUACAUUUCUACGCUUAUAUCAAUUGAUACAUUUUUAUUGACAACUACUCAACAUGUUUACACUAAACAACAGCAACAACAAAAACAUUGCGACAAAGGAUUAGUACAACUUGAAAUGAUAAUAGAUGGUAGUAAUCAAACUAAACCAUUCAUAAUAUUAAGUAAUACCACUGUGCUGCUAUCAAUGGGCACAAUCUUUCAAAUUAAAUCAAUCGAAAAAGUGGAUCGUCAAAUAUGGGUUGUUAAAUUAAUAAUGAAUGAUAUUUUAGAAAAAAAGUUAAAUGAAAAAUUCAAAGAUUCAAAUUUUCAAAAUACUUUAGUUGAUUAUUUGUUAACCGUGGGCGAAUACGAAAAAGCCGAAGAAUAUUGUAAAUUAUUAUUUAAUGAAAUUUCAUCACUCGAUCGUGAUUAUAUUAGUAAAAUAAAUAGUAAUCUCGGUUUGAUUAAUCAUAAAAAAGGCAAUUAUGAUCUAGCUUUGAAAUAUUUUGUUAGGGCAUUUGAAAUUCGACCCGAUAGCAAGUUUAUUUCAAUAACAUACGAGAAUAACGGUGACAGUGGACAAGCUAAAGAGUAUUUUGACAAUUCGCAAAAUCUCGGUGAAUAUAAUUCGUUAUUAUUAAAUGCAGAUACGUAUAGUACCAUAGGUUCGUAUUAUGGCAGUAAAGGUGAAUACGAUGAUGGAUUAUUCAAUUAUCAUAAAGCUUUUGUUAUUCAAAAGAGAUUAUUGCCAUCUAAUCAUCCAUCAUUGGCUAUAACAUUGAAUAAUAUAGCAUAUAUGUAUUAUAAACUUGGUCAAUUUUCAGACGCAUUUAAAUAUACAAAAUUAGCACUUAACAUUCAAUUAAUAUCACUUUCUCCAGAUGAUCCUGACAUAGUAUUAACUUAUAACAAUUUUGGACAUCUGAGUUUACUUCACGGCGAUUAUUCAAUAAAAAUACUUGAAUAUUUGACUAAUGCGCGUGACAUUUCCUUAGAAACUGGCCAGCCUGGUAUAGGAUAUAUUUAUUCAAAUAUUGCACUUUAUUAUAAACAAAAUAAAGAUUAUUCAACAGCGUUAAUAAAUUAUAAAAAGACAUUAGAAUUUGAACUUGAGAUCGAUUAUGCAACAUUGGAUUUUAUUUAUUAUCAUUUAGGCUCAAUUUAUGUCGAAAUAGACGAUUAUGUUAAUGGAAUCAAAUAUUUAAGUAAAACGUUUGAUAUUCAAUCAAGAACUCAACAAAAUAGUAAUUCGUUAACAGCUGCGAGACUUAGCAACAUUGCCGAAAUAUACAAACAAGUGGGUGAUUAUGAUAUGGCUUUAAAAUUGAGUAAAAAAGCACUUGAAAUAUUAUUCAUAACAUCACCAGCCGAUCUUUUGUCAAUUUCACAAAUAUACUCUGAUAUUGGAACACUAUAUUCAAUUAAGCUUGAUUAUGAAAGCGCACUGAAACAUACUCAAUUAGCAUUGUCUUAUUUUCAUUUUAUGAUUGCUGAUACAUAUGAAAGUGUCGCUGUAAUGUAUCACGAAAAUGGUGAUUAUGACACCGUCGUAUUAAACUUAAAUAAAGCACUCGAUAUUCAACUAAAUAUUCAACCACAAAACUAUUCAGUAAUUGUUCAAUUGUAUUUUAAAAUUGGAACCGUUCAUGAACAAAGAAAAGAUUAUAGGAGUGCAAUUAUCGCGUUUGAACAAACAUUAUAUGUUUAUUUAAAUUUUGUCGAGCCCAAAGAAGAUAAAAGAAUUUUGAUGAUACAAAAUAGAAUUAAUUUUAACAAAAAUUCACUCAAAAAUGAAUUGUGA